AUGGCUGAUGCAGCCUCCAUUAGUGACUGCUUUGAACACUUCAUAGUCGCCGGAGACGCCACUAAGGAAGAUGAAGACAACGAUGAAGUAGGAGAAGAUUGCAAUAUGUCAGGACACCCUAUCACCAAAAUUCUCAAUGAAAAUCGUCUUGAGGGCCCAAACUUCAAUGACUGGCUCCGCAAUUUGAAAAUUGUAUUGACAUUCGAUAAGAUCGCUUAUGUCUUACAAAAUGCACCCCCUCACACUCUUUUGGCUCAAGAUGCAACCGAUGAGCAACGUGUUGCUUAUCAAAAGCAUAAGGAUGAUGACACUCAAGCUAAAUGUGUUAUGCUUGCAUCCAUGAACUCACAACUUCAGAAGCAACAUGAGAAUAUGGAUAGCGCCAGUUCUAUGUUACUUCAUCUCACUGAAUUGUUUGGUGAGAGAAAUAGAAAUGUGCGCUUCACAGUAGUCAAUGAGCUUGUUAAGACAAAGCAUGUGAGGGGUGCACCUGUGCAUCAACAUGGUCUAAAAAUGAUAGGCCUUAUUGAGCAAAUUCAAGACCUUGGAUUUGCACUUGAUGCGGAGCUAGCUCAAGAUCUUCUUCUUUCCUCCCUAGAUGAUUCAUUUUCUCAGUUCAUAAUGAACUAUAAUAUGCAACAAAUGGAUCAUACUCUUUCUGAUCUUCUCAAUAUGCUGGUAACAGCUGAGAAGCAAAUUAAGAAAGAGAGUGGGAGUGCGGCUAUUAUCGCUUCUUCUUCAUCCAGUAAGUCCAAAUGUAAAGGCAAAGGGAAGAAGAAACAAGUGCAUCCCACCAUGUUUGCACUUCGUUGCAGGACCUAG